AUGAAGAAUAUACCGACGAGUGAGACUGAUACAUUCACAGUAGAUGAAACUACAAAAGAACAUAUACCAUUAUACCAUCCAAAUAACACCAAGAAUUUAAAUGUCUCCUAUCAUUAUAAUCCAGAAGCAAGUCGAUAUCAUUAUGGAGCACUACAUCCUAUGAAACCAUUCAGAUUAAUGUUAACAGAUCAUUUAAUAAUACUGUAUAAAUUAUAUGAUAAAAUGGAUCUAUAUACUCCAAGAAAAGCAACCAAACAAGAACUACUAGAAUUUCAUUCCGAAGAUUAUAUAAAUUUUUUACAAUCAAUAACACCAGAAACUUGCAAGACUCUUGAUUCUUCAACACUAGCGAGAUUUAAUAUUGGAGAUGAUUGUCCAAUAUUUGAUGGAAUAUUUGAUUAUCUGCAAAUUUAUACCGGCUCAUCAUUAGAUGCAACAAGAAAAAUAAUUAGUGGAAUGUCUGAUAUUGCAAUAAAUUGGUCUGGUGGAUUACAUCAUGCAAAAAAAUUUGAACCAAGUGGAUUUUGUUAUGUAAAUGAUAUUGUAUUGAGUAUAAUAAAUUUAUUAAGAGUACAUCCAAGAGUUAUGUAUAUAGAUAUUGAUUUACAUCAUGGUGACGGAGUUCAAGAAGCAUUUUAUACAACUGAUCGAGUAAUGACUGUUAGUUUUCAUAAAUAUAAUGGUGAAUUUUUUCCUGGAACUGGAUCUGUUGAUGAAACUGGUUUGGGUAGUGGUAAAAAUUUUGCAAUAAAUGUACCAUUAAGAGAUGGAAUUGAUGAUGAUAAUUAUGUAAGAUUAUUUAAACUGAUUAUGGAACCUUUGAUAACAAAAUUUCAACCUUCUUGUAUAGUACAACAAUGUGGAGCUGAUUCAUUAGGUUAUGAUAGAUUAGGAUGUUUUAAUUUGAAUAUAAGAGCUCAUGGUGAAUGUGUAAAUUUUAUAAAAAGUUUUGGUAUACCUAUGUUAGUAUUAGGAGGUGGUGGUUAUACUCCAAGAAAUGUUAGUCGAUUAUGGUGCUAUGAAACAUCAGUUUUAAAUGAUGUAAGUUUAGAUCAUAAAAUUCCAAAUUAUUUACCAACAUAUGAUUGGUUUGGACCUGAUUAUUCAUUACAUCCACAAUUAGAAGGAAGAAUUGAUAAUAAAAAUAGUAGGAAAUAUUUGGAAAGUGUAAAACAAGAAAUAAUGGAACAAAUAAGAUAUUUGAAUGCAGCUCCUUCUGUACAAAUGUAUGAAAUACCACCAGAUAUUACAGGAUUAACUGAAGAAGAAGAUAAAAUGUUGGAAGAAUUGAAUAGGGAAGAAAAUGAGAAAGAAGAAGAAAAUAAUAUCAACAUGAGGUCGUCUAUAAAAGUGAGUUAA